GCCGACGCGGGGCCAGCCCUGCUUCGCCCGGGUCGCGGGCGGACGCGCGCCGCAGUCGGAGCCUCAGACGCGCGGCGCAGGGGACACCGCGGGGCCGCCGGAGGCCACAGCUCCGUCGGGAACGGACAACGUCCGCGCUCCGGGGAGCCGGGCGGCCGCGCCGGGGCUGAGCGGUGGGCGCGGCGGAAGAACGAAUCCUUGUGGUGUUCUUCCUUAGCGCCUACUACCCCUGUUUGCUGAAGACUUUGGCCAAAGCUGCUCUCAGCUGUUGGCAUCAUCCUGAGGAAAGGACAGCUUUCACACAUCAGGGAAACUUUCAGGAGACUGUGGGCCCCAGUGGAUCUUCUGAAGGGCUACCCUAAGAAGACAUUUGGUUUAAAGAAUUAAAAGAACAACUUCUUCAGACAGGAAGACCUUCUUCAAAGUUCCCUGCAUGAACAUUAUUUAAACGUUGCACGCAAAUCUUCUGCGAAAGAAUUAAAGGAAAUACAGUCUGUGGGUCUCAGCAGGAGUUCAGCUAAUGCAGCUUAAAAUAAUGCCGAAAAAGAAGCGCUUACCUGCAGGCAGAGUGGCCCUGAUUCUCUUCCUGUGCCAGAUGAUUAGUGCACUGGAAGUACCACUUGAUCUGGUACAGCCUCCAACCAUUACUCAACAGUCUCCAAAAGAUUACAUUAUUGACCCUCGAGAGAAUAUUGUGAUCCAGUGUGAGGCCAAAGGGAAGCCUCCUCCAAGCUUCUCCUGGACCCGAAAUGGGACUCAUUUUGACAUAGAUAAGGACCCUCUGGUCACCAUGAAGCCCGGCUCAGGAACCCUCACAAUCAACAUCAUGAAUGAAGGGAAAGCAGAGACCUACGAAGGGGUUUAUCAAUGUACAGCCAGGAACGAACGCGGAGCAGCAAUUUCUAAUAAUAUUGUUGUCCGUCCAUCCAGGUCACCGUUGUGGACCAAAGAAAAACUUGAACCAAUAACACUUCGAAAUGGCCAGUCUCUGGUCCUUCCCUGCAGACCCCCACUUGGAUUACCACCACCUAUAAUAUUCUGGAUGGAUAAUUCCUUUCAAAGACUUCCACAAAGCGAGAGGGUUUCUCAGGGUCUGAAUGGAGACCUUUAUUUCUCCAACGUUCUCCUGGAGGAUACCCGUGAAGACUAUAUCUGUUAUGCCAGAUUUAAUCAUACUCAAACCAUACAGCAGAAGCAGCCUAUUUCGGUCAAGGUGAUUUCAGUGGAUGAAUUGAAUGACACUAUAGCUGCUAAUUUGAGUGACACUGAGUUUUAUAGUGCUAAACCAAAUAGAGAGAGGCCACCAACCUUUUUAACUCCAGAAGGCAACACCAGUAACAAGGAGGAAUUAAGGGGAAAUGUCCUUUCGCUAGAAUGCAUCGCAGAGGGGCUGCCUACCCCGGUUAUUUACUGGAUAAAAGAGGAUGGCACGCUACCCACCAACCGGACAUUUUAUAGGAACUUUAAGAAAACUCUGCAGAUUAUUCAGGUUUCAGAAGCAGACUCCGGAAAUUACCAGUGUAUAGCCAAAAAUGCAUUAGGAGCAAUCCAUCAUACCAUUUCUGUCACGGUCAAAGCGGCUCCAUACUGGAUCCUGGCACCUCAAAAUCUUGUACUGUCCCCGGGAGAGGAUGGGACGCUGAUCUGCAGAGCUAACGGCAACCCCAAGCCCAGGAUCAGCUGGUUAUCGAAUGGCGUCCCAAUAGAAAUUGCCCCUAAUGACCCCAGCAGAAAAAUCGAUGGCGAUACCAUUAUUUUUUCGAAUGUUCAAGAAAGAUCAAGUGCCGUGUAUCAGUGCAAUGCCUCUAACGAAUACGGAUAUUUACUGGCAAACGCAUUUGUAAAUGUGCUGGCUGAGCCACCACGAAUCCUUACAUCUGCAAAUACACUCUAUCAGGUCAUUGCAAACAGGCCUGCUUUACUAGAUUGUGCCUUCUUUGGGUCUCCUCUUCCUACCAUUGAGUGGUUCAAGGGAGCUAAGGGUAGUGCGCUCCGUGACGAUAUUUAUGUUUUGCAUGAAAAUGGAACUUUGGAAAUUCCUGUGGCCCAAAAGGACAGUACAGGAACUUACACGUGUGUUGCAAGGAAUAAAUUAGGAAUGGCAAAGAAUGAAGUUCACUUAGAAAUCAAAGAUCCAACCAGGAUCAUUAAGCAGCCUGAAUAUGCAGUAGUGCAAAGAGGGAGCACGGUGUCCUUUGAAUGCAAAGUGAAACACGAUCACACCUUGACCCUCACCAUCACGUGGCUGAAGGACAACGGUGAGCUGCCCAGUGACGGAAGGUUCACUGUUGACAAGGACCAUUUGGAGGUAGCUGAUGUGAGGGACAGCGAUGGUGGGGCCUACACAUGUGUGGCCAACACAACUCUAGACAUGGUCUCCGCCAGUGCUGUGCUUAGCGUCGUCGAUGUCCCAAAUCCUCCCUUUGAUUUAGAAUUGACGGAUCAACUCGACAAAAGUGUUCAGCUGUCGUGGACCCCAGGCGAUGACAACAAUAGCCCUAUUAUAGAAUUCAUCAUUGAAUAUGAAGACGCAAUGCAUGAGGCAGGACUGUGGCACCACCAAACCAAGGUUUCUGGAAUGCAGACCACAGCCCAGCUGAAGCUGUCACCUUAUGUGAACUACUCCUUCAGAGUGAUGGCGGUGAACAGCCUCGGGAGGAGCCUGCCCAGUGAGCCAUCUGAACAGUAUUUGACUAAAGCUGCAGAACCAGACACAAAUCCCACGGCUGUGGAAGGACUAGGAUCCGAGCCUGAUAAUUUGGUGAUUACCUGGAAGCCCUUGAAUGGUUUCGAAUCUAAUGGGCCGGGCCUCCAAUACAAAGUUAGCUGGCGCCAGAAAGAUGGCGAUGAUGAAUGGGCGUCAGUGGUUGUGGCAAACGUAUCCAAAUAUAUUGUCUCAGGCACACCGACCUUUGUUCCAUACUUGAUAAAAGUGCAGGCCCUGAAUGAUGUGGGGUUUGCUCCAGAGCCGGCUGUGGUCAGGGGCCAUUCCGGAGAAGACCUCCCAAUGGUGGCUCCCGGAAAUGUGCGUGUAAAUGUGGUGAACAGUACCUUAGCUGAGGUGCACUGGGACCCAGUACCUCCGAAAAGUAUCCGAGGACACCUGCAAGGCUAUCGGAUUUACUACUGGAAGGCACAGGAGGGUUCACUUAAGAGAAACAGACGCCACAUCGAGAAAAAGAUCCUCACUUUCCAGGACAGCAAGACACACGGCAUGUUGCCCGGGCUGGAGCCUUUCAGCCACUACGCACUGAACGUGCGAGUGGUCAACGGGAAAGGGGAGGGCCCGGCCAGCCCCGACAGAGUCUUUAAUACUCCAGAAGGAGUCCCCAGUGCUCCGUCCUCUUUGAAGAUUGUUAACCCGACACUAGACUCCCUCACUUUGGAAUGGGACCCACCGAGCCGCCCGAAUGGCAUUUUGACUGAAUACACCUUAAAGUAUCAGCCAAUCAACAGCACGCACGAGUUAGGCCCACUGGUGGAUCUGAAAAUUCCUGCCAACAAGACGCGCUGGACUUUAAAAAAUUUAAAUUUCAGCACUCGGUAUAAGUUUUAUUUCUAUGCGCAAACAGCAGCAGGAUCGGGGAGUCAAAUCACAGAGGAAGCAGUGACAACUGUGGAUGAAGCAAUGGCAAGCCGACAGGUGGAUAUUGCGACUCAGGGCUGGUUCAUUGGUCUGAUGUGUGCCGUCGCUCUUCUCAUCUUAAUUUUGCUGAUCGUUUGCUUCAUCAGAAGAAACAAGGGUGGUAAAUAUCCAGUUAAGGAAAAAGAAGAUGCUCACGCUGAUCCUGAAAUCCAGCCUAUGAAGGAAGACGAUGGCACUUUUGGAGAAUACAGUGACGCAGAAGACCACAAGCCUUUGAAAAAGGGCAGUCGAACACCUUCAGACAGGACGGUGAAGAAAGAAGAUAGCGACGAUAGCCUAGUUGACUACGGAGAGGGGGUGAACGGCCAGUUCAAUGAGGACGGCUCCUUUAUUGGACAAUACAGCGGUAAGAAGGAGAAAGAACCCGCCGAAGGAAACGAAAGCUCAGAGGCACCUUCUCCUGUCAAUGCCAUGAAUUCCUUUGUUUAACCCGCAAGCCCUUUGCCAAUAUCCCAUUUCUCUAGAAUGUUCAUCCUAAGCACUUGUUUGUCUGCCUUCUCAUACUAUGAACUCAGGGGCAGACAGUGCGUGUUCUGCCGUGUGUUAAUAUUAUGAGAACAGCUAAAACAAGAACGCAACUCCGUCAGAUGAUUUGUUAAUGUGAACUGCAGUGCAAAGUGCAUCCUUUGUCACUCAAAAUAGGCAUCCUUGGUUUCCGCAGAACUGAUCAAAAUAACACAGCCUCAUCAACGGAUCGUGUUACUUCCUCUUCAGGACACAGUUCAAUAUGAUGCAUGAAAUAAUGCUACACACUUAAAGGAACACCUGUGUAUGUUAUUAAAACAUAGUUGGAGACUCGGUCUAUACUAUCGUCGGCCGAACCCCGAAAUAUGAAUUCCGUUUUCAUUGUCAAGAGUGUAACUGUAGUAUUCUCUAGAACUUCAAUGUCUUUGUGGACAUUGUUGUGAAAUUGGUGACUCUGUGUCUAGCUGUCUAGUCUUUUUGGGAGACUGUUAGCAACAGGAUGUACAGUAUAUACUUGCUAAAUGAGUUAAUUGUGACAGUCGCAUUUGCUGAUGCUUUACUGAGACUCUGUUACCGGCCUUCGCUCCUGUUACUUCCUAGCCUUCUUAACCCUCCGGGUGUUACAGCAGUACAGUGUUCUACUUUUUACAUUCAUCUCCGCGUUCAGUUGUUUUUAGGCAUAAGCAAUGUGUAUUGCAAUGCAUUUUGGCACUUAGGCCAGGCUGAAAGAAUCAAAAACGAAUCACUCCACUUAAGUUUCAAAAAUGACUCCAGAAAGCACAGGGCAAGAGACACGUACAGUGCCUUCAGACAACAAGCAUUCCAUAACAUGCUGCCUUCUUUCUCCACCGGGACGGUCGCCUCGGAGUCCCAGCUUACUGUCAGUGUCCAAAAGUAACUUUUCCAAAGCAGAGACCAUGAAAACCGCAAUGCUGAAAGAAAGGGGAGGUGAAAAUGAGAUGAAUAAGACAGUUUAUUUUAAGGAGCAUUUCCCCGUCUGUAUAGACAGAAAAAGCUUUAGCACCAACUGGAACACAUGACGAUUCGGUGGUCUUUUAUGGUUUCUGUUAAAGUCAGUUCGGUCAGAAGGCUGUCAGUUGGGUAAAGAAUUUUUGUAAACCAUAAGCUAUCCCCACACCAGAAGCAUAGGACAGUAUGCCAACAGGAAUGUUAUUCUCCGGGCCUUUACGUAGGGGGCAACUUUUGAAACUCUCUGCAGCAUUAAACAGCGUGUAUGCAAAUUGCUAGGACACAUUUCCGAAUCUCAGAAAUCUGACACGUGCUAACGGGGCCAACAGUCAAAGGGAUUCCACCCGCAGUUUCAGACAUCAACAUACCCAUUGUACCGUAUCCAUAAACGAGAUCUCUCAAAUGGUUUACCUCCAAAUAUGAAGUCCUCUAACAACCUAUGGUUGAAGGAAUGCUCCGUUUCAUUUGCCAAUAAAUUGGUUUCUCAUAACUUGCAUCAAGUUUAAUUUUAAGUGAAGCUUUUUAUAUGUAGAUAUUUUGUUGAAUUUGUAAAUAUACCUAAAGUGUAGAUGCUAUAUGCAUAGAGGUGUUACAGACAAAUAAACCUGCAACCCAUGUUGAUGUUGUACUGUAUAAGAAGUUAGCUAAUUAAUACAGUGCAUGGGAUUGGAAAGCAUUUACUUAAAUACCUUGUGGGUUUUUAUUUUCCCUUUUUGCUGUGAAACUGAAAUAGUGAUCUAUGCUACAUAUUGACAGCAAGUUUCUAGAAAUCUUCAGAGCUUUGCCUGUGGGGCUCAGUAGGCCUAUUUCCGGCACGUUUGCUGUUUAUAGGUAAAGCACAAUUUGAAGUAAUCCCAGGUAAAGAUGGUCCUACAUAAUCCCACGCCUCCAUGUUCACUUCUCACAGACCAGCCGUUCUAAUGGAAAUACAGAAAGACGAACCAGGCUUGCCUUGGCAUCAGAGAGCACAAAGAUAAAAGUUACUUUACAUUUGCCGAUGUCUGGGAGGGGGAGGGAGGCGUUACAAGUACAGUUUUUACUCUCCCAUCAUGGUAGGCGCGAAAUUUAUCUGUGCAUGAAGGGGUCACUUCUGUAAUAGGGCAACAGAUUUUGUAUUAAAGAUUAAAUGUGGUUUUAAAAGUCCCUCUCUCUUUUGUAAUCAGUCAUGUUCUUCGUGGAGUGUGAAUGUGCAGGUCUGUGUAACGGUACAGGCAGAUGUGACUGGAUUUCCAUCAAAAAAACACAAAAAUCACUAUUAAACAGUCUUGAUCUCUUUGUGAUCUUUAACUUUUUCAACCAUGUAUU